AUGAAUAUUAUGGAUGGAGAAGAAGUCAAGGAAGGAGAAGAAGUCAUGGACGGAGAAGAUGUUAUGGAAGGAGAAGAUGGUUUGGGUGGAGAUGAAGUUAAGGAAGGAGAAGAAGUUAGGGAAAGACAGGAAGUUAAAGAAGGAAAAGAAGAAGGAGAAGAAGAAGUUAACGAUGGAGAAAAAGUUAGGGAAGGAGAAGAAGAUAAGGAUUGGGAAAUAGUUUGGGAUGGGGAAGAAGUGAAGGAAGGAGAAGAAGUUAAGGAAGAAGAAGAAGCUUUGGAUGGAGAAAAAGUCAAGAAUAAAGAAGAAAUUAUGGAUGUGGAAGAAGUUAAGGAGGGAGAGAUGAUUAUUAUGGAUGGAGAAGAAAUCAAGGAAGGAGAAGAAGUCACGGGCGGAGAAGAAGUUAGGGAAGGAGAAGAUGGUUUGGAUGCAGAAGAAGUUAAGGAAGGAGAAGAACUUAGUGAAAGAGAGGAAGUUAAAGAAGGUGAAGAAGUUAAGGAUGGAGAAGAAAAUGGAGAAGAAAUUUGGGAUUUAGAUGAAGAAGUUAAGGAAGAAGAAGAAGAAGUUAAGGAAAGAGAAGAAAUUAAGGAUGGGGAAUUAGUUUGGGAUGGGGAAGAAGUGAAGGAUGGAGAAGAAGUUAGGGAAGAAGAAGAAGUUUUGGAUGGAGAAGAAGUCAAGGAUGAAGAAGAAAUUAUGGAUGGGGAAGAAGUUAAGGAGGGAGAGAUGAUUAUUAUGGAUGAAGAAGAAGUCAAGGAAGGAGAAGAAGUCAUGGACGGACAAGAUGUUAUGGAAGGAGAAGAUGGUUUGGGUGGAGAAGAAGUUAAGGAAGGAGAAAAAGUUAGGGAAAGAGAGGAAGUUAAAGAAGGGAAGAAGUUAAGGACGGAGAAGAAGUUUGGGAUGGGGAAGAAGUUUGGAAUGGAGAAGAGUUUAAGUAUGGAGAAGAAAUCAAGGAGGAAGAAGAAGUUAAAGAAGAAGAAGAAGAAGUUAUGGACGGAGAAGAUGUUAAGGGUACAGAAGAAAGUAUCGAUGACGAAGAAGUUUGGGAUGGAGAAGAAGUUAAGGAGGGAGAAAUGA